UUUCACCAGUAGUAACAUCCGGCUGUUAAUCACAUCGCUCAUCUGAUGCGAAAAAUAUGUUUCCAUUGCAGUUGUGCAAAAUAUGUCCAUAUUGAUAUGACCAAAAAUAUCACCUUAUCCUAAGAUAACACUUUUUAUCAAAAAAACGUGGUGUUUUUUCGAAAUUGCCAGGUUUCCAUUAACCCUCUCGCUAUUGUGAUAGUGCUGUUGCUAUGGCUCUGUUCUGGAGUGAUCAAGUCCAGUCCUGGAGAUCUUCCAUCCUGCAACUUUUUGAUGCAAUCCUUCUCUAGCGCACCUGCAUCAAAUGAAGGUCUCAUUAGAAUACUUUUCAUACAGAUCAUACAGUUCAUCUACGGUUUUUCAUUACUUGGUAGACAAAUAACUCAAAUUUGGUGAGGUAAUUUCAGUGUUUUUUUUAAACUGUAGAAAUAAACCUGCCAUCAAAAUAAGUUGUUUUAAAGAAGCCAAUUUUCCAAAUACAAACUCUUAAGCAUACUUGAAUUUACUAAAUACUAGUCUGUCUUAAAGUAUGCUAAGAUGUAUCAAAAUGUAAUAUACUUACUUCACUUUUUCCACUCGGAUUGUAUCUUUACCUUUCAGAGAUAGAAGUGUCUUUGCGAUGGAAGACGAAGACACAUUUACAGAUACAUUCUCAGAAAGUGAGGAUAGCUGCUAUGGAACAUCCAUUAAGGACAGCUCAGAAGAGGAGGAGAAGGAGAAGGAGGAGGAAGAAGAGGAAGAGGAAGAUGAAGAGUGUGCUCACAACUUCCAGUUUAACUGUGAAAAAUGUGAAGGCAUCACUCAGACCCACGGCUCAGAGCUUGUUACUCCACAGAGGAUUUCAAACAGAUGUUUCCAAAUGCAGCUGGAAGCAGAAGGCUCAUACGAGUGUUCGGUCACUGGUCUGGUUUUUGAAGCAAGCGAGCCGGUUCUGGUGCGGUAUUCGGUCCUAUCCUGGUCCAAGUUUGGCUCGUUCUUAUCAAACUCCUGGAAAUUUGCUGGACCAAUCUUCGACAUUGACACCGUCAACAAGGAGGCGUCUGUGCUCACAUCCAUCCACCUCCCCCACUCUGUUUGCUUAGCCCAGUCUCCUGACAACAGUGUGCUAUUCAGGAUCUUGCAUGUUGUUGAUGAGGCUUUCAUCGAACCACCCUCAGACUACUCAGGUAGCCACGUUAAGUGGAGCGUGAGGUCCCUGUCCCCUGUGUGUCCCAUCAUUCCAGCAGAUGAACAGGCUGAGUACCAUGGCGCGGUUCUGAUCUACAAACGGAUCAACACCAACAACCACAUCUUCCAUGUCUACCUGGCCCUGAAUAAUAUUUCUGCCAUUAAAGAAAUAGAUGAACAGGUUCAGAGCUACACGAAUAAAUACAUCAGGAUGGAUAAAUCUUCCAUGUGCAGACUGAUUGAGGGGACGUUUCGCUUUUCAAGUGAGCCGGAGGGAGUGGUCAGUCCUAAGGAGCUGGAAUUUACACUAGCUGAGAUACAGUUAAUAGGCUUUUUCGAAGUUGUCUUUGACGACCAGCCUCCAUUUGAAUGGUCUCUAAUGAAGAGCACGGAUGAGGUCGUUUGGUCUGCUGUCAUCAGAUCAGAUGACUGGUGGGCUGCAUUAAAAGAAAACCAAGGGAAAAGAGCCAUAUGUGAAGUUGAAGCGAAAAAUGAGACAAAGAUCCAUCGGGGUCAGGACCUGUCAGAGUUAGAUCUCCUGCAGCUCGCCGAGAACUUUGGGUCAGAGUGGAGGCAGGCAGCCAUCUACUUAGGUCUACUGAGCAAAGACCUGGAUGACAUCCUGGAGACGGAGAAAGAUGUGACCAUGCAGAAGCAUAAGAUGCUGGUAAAGUGGAAGAACAGAAGGGGGCAAGGAGAAGCUACUGCGUCUGCCCUGUUGGAAAGUUUGAAAAAGAUGAAGAACUUGUCCACGAACGUUCGCGACACUCUGCAAGAUUUAUUGAAAGCAGAUGAUGAGUCCAUGGACGAAUAAGCUUCUACAUAAAAAAUGGAUUCAACAAACUGCAGCAAGGAUCUCAGGAGUUUGAUGAAGUGUCAUUGACAGGAGGACCAAACUUCGCCUCUCUUUUGUUUUUAUUUUCUACACACCAAACAAUAACUUUUGUGUUUACAUUUAAAAUGUGCCAAAAUCCGUAUCCCAUUACAUGUUCAUGAAGGUUUCAUUUGUGAACAAUGGCAGGUCAGUGGCAAGUGAGGUGUGUGAAUGUGUGUGUACCAUUUUAGGUAAAAUCCUGUGGAAUAUUUAGCAAAACGGCAUUAAAACAGAUUCAUAUGCCAUCGUUUACUCAUCAUGUGAGUGACUCAGUGGAAAGAUGAAUGCAACUGGGUGAAUCUGGCUGUGUAAAGUGGUUUGUGUGGUCAGUAACUGAAAAAGUGCUAUGUAGAAAUUUUAUCUACUUACCAUUUACGUUCACCAUGUUCUUUAUAUAUCGUUUUAGCUGUUACAAUUCUUUUUACUUGUGGUGCAAUUUUAUACGCCUAUUAACGGCAUGUAAAUAAAAUAAAAGCAGCUAUUUUUUUAUUGCGUACCAGACAAGAGUAAAUAUGUUGUAUUUGUAAAAUAAA